AUGUCCUCCUACGACCUUGGACCCUUGGCCGGUGGGAGAUUCCACCAGUAUGCAAAUUCCAUUGGCCAAGUCUAUUACGUCGAUAACAUCACAAACACAACAAGCUACUCUAUUCCAACGGGGUUUGACAACCGCCCAGGCGAUUCUUGGGCGCUUGACGAGUCAAAGUCUUGGCCGCAAUGGAAUAACAAUCGAACCGGAAGGGCAGUUCUCAUCGACCCCAACCCUCCUCCUCUGCAAACAUACCUCGAUGACGCCAACGUGCAGGCCGCUCUUAACCUCUUAGUUAAAGUGCCAGACUCACCUGAACGCGUUUACCGACGGCCUAUGGUAGGCAUCCUUCACUUCCUCUUCCCACCGACGGAAGGAUACGAGGUCGUCCAAGAGAUUCGGGGCCGCCCGGGCUUCUGUAUACUCAAGCUUUCCCCAACACCUGGAGGAGCUUUGCAUGAGUUCGAUUUCUUGUUGGCCGAAAGUAUGAAAUUAAACGAGCCGUGGGGCGCUACGGAAGAUCAGCUUCGCGAGCGUCUGGCUGAGAAUAUGAACGAGACCAAGAACUGCUACGGAAUGAUUCAUAUUGGUUUGGUGGUGCAGUUCUAUAAAUAUGAGCAGGGAGUGCUUGAGAAGAUUGGGCAGAAGAUGCAUCUUAUCACAGAUGUUCACGAUGUCAUCCGCUGGGCCCAGUACCUCAAGGAGCACCCGAUGCCGGUCGUAUAA